AUGAAUCAGAACGAAAAUAAUGCCUUUGUAAUGAUUUGGGAUAAGAUGGACAGCCGAGAACGCCUCGAAGAAGCACUGUUAGCCAUUGGUUGGCCAAUGUUGCAAGUGGGUAUCUCGACGGUUCUAGCAUUGCUACCUCUACUCAUGAAACAAUCGUACUUGUCCAUGGUUUUUUUGAAAACCGUUACUAUCACUACAUGUUUGGGUAUUUUCCAUGCUUUCGUAGUGCUUCCAGCUCUGCUUACUACUAUUGAUUUUUAUUUGCAAGGGUAUUCCUCACAUCGAUCACAUGAACGUAAGAAGAAUUAUUACAAAUCACAGCAAAUUAUGACAAAACCCAAAAAUGAGGGGGAUAAAACCUGGUACGAGCCAAAAGAAAUUCCAACAAGUUACGAAGUUAAAGAGCAGAAAAAAGUAAAAGUAGUGCCAAUAUCAAAAGUAGAUAUGCGGCAUGCCACUCCUCCACUGGCAUAUAUUCAUAACAUUGAACUUGAUGGAACUUUAUCAGGAAUUUUUCAACAGUGCUGA